AAUUACGAUUUUGUUCAUUGUGAAAUCUAUUUUUAAAGGGUAAAAAAGGCGAAGGAUAUUUCUUCGUGCUUUUAAUAUAGUGUAUAAAUAAAAAAACAAAUACACUUAAUGGGCUAAGAUCUGAUUCAUUUUUGAAUGAUGAGUCAUACAAAUACUUCUUUUGUAUUCCUAAAAGUUGCUACUUUAAUGAUCUCAACCUUUUGUCUCUUUCCUUGUAAAAAAAAAAGAAUCUUGAUUGGUCCAUAUUCAAAAUGGGAAAAAAAAAAUUAUCAACAAACAUUAAUCAUUAAUUACUGCAAAACAAGAAAAUUAUCACUAUUUUUCUUUGUCUUUCUCUUACCCACCAUGGGCGCUGAAGCUUUCUUAUUGUCAUACUUGAGGAGCUUAAGCUCUUUCUUUAUGUUCUUUUCUUCAUACUACUUUGCCGGCAAACUCUGUUAUUCACUUUUCUCUCUCUUUUGACUUAAAAAAAACACUGUAUAUAUACACUUGUGUGCAUAAAUUCAUUUGUGGGUAUUGUUCAAAAUUCGAAAAAUUCAAUCUUGAUACUUUUUUGUCUCAAUGGCUACUGAUGAGGAAGCACCCCUCGUAGUUGAAAAUUCCAAAAAUCAAAACCCAAUUGUGAAUCAUGAAAGAGAUGUUCAUAUUCUAAGCUGUGCCUUUUUAUUGAUUUUCUUGGCUUAUGGGGCUGCUCAGAAUCUUGAAAGCACUAUUAAUACGGAAGGAAAUUUAGGGACAACUGCACUGGGGAUAUUGUAUUUGUCAUUUAUGUUCUGUUCAAUAUUUGCUUCAUUGGUGGUUAGGAAGCUUGGAUCAAAGAAUGCUUUGAUCCUUGGGAGUACUGGCUAUUGGUUGUUUGUAGCUGCCAAUUUGAUGCCCAAUUGGUAUACCAUGGUCCCAGCAUCUUUAUACCUGGGUUUUGCUGCUUCUAUAAUAUGGGUUGGGCAGGGUACAUAUCUUACUUCCACAGCGCGCAGUCACGCAAAUGAUCAUACCUUAAAUGAAGCAGUUAUAAUUGGUAAAUUCAACGGUGAAUUCUGGGGAAUGUUUGCAAGUCAUCAGUUUGUUGGAAAUCUUAUCACUCUAGCUUUGAUGAGAGAUGGAGAAGGAGGAAGCACUAGUGGCACAACGGCACUUUUCUUAGUUUUUAUUGGUACCAUAACUCUCGGUGCCGUUCUUAUGUGCUUUUUAAGUAAGAGAACUGGUAAAGAGGAGACAGGACUACAAGAUUCGUCUGCUAGUUUCUUUUCUUCUGUGGUAACUUUGUUCAAGUCUAUCGUCACCCUUUUACAAGACAUAAGAAUGCUCUUGGUCAUCCCUCUUAUUGCGUAUUCAGGCUUACAGCAAGCAUUCGUAUGGGCUGAAUUCACAAAGUACAUUGUUGUGCCUACAAUGGGUGAGAGUGGUGUUGGUGGUGCAAUGGCUGUUUAUGGGAUUUUUGAUGCAGUUUGUUCUCUAGUGGCUGGGCAUUUUACGUUUGGUCUCUCGUCUAUCUCGAUAAUUGUCUCGGGUGGAGCUUUAGUUCAGGCUGCUGUAUUGGUAUGGAUUCUACUGACUCACAGUGUGACUGGUGGAGUUCUCGGCAUACUAUAUCCGCUUCUCGUUGCAGCCUUAUGGGGCAUAGGUGACGGAGUCCUGAAUACACAGCUAAGUGCAUUGCUCGGGAUACUCUUCAAGGAUGAUUUGGAAGGAGCAUUUGCCCAACUUAAGCUUUGGCAGAGCUUUGCAAUCGCCAUAGUCUUUUUCCUCGGUCCCUACAUUUCGUUGCAGACGAUGCUAGUGAUUAUGUUCGCUGCCCUUNCCCAAAAUCAAAUGUCCCUAUCAGGCGUGUUGAUAAUCCAUCUUGUAGUAAUAUUUGAACCUGCUUGCUGCAGUGUGUUCUAUUCAACUGAGUUCUCCAGAAAUCCAUUUCACAUUAUCUAUCUUGUGUUUGCUUAUCGAGCUUAG